AUGGGACCUCAGCAUUUGAGACCUGUGCAGCUACUCUGCCUCCUAGGGGCCAUCUCCACUCUGCCGUGGGCUGGGGCUCUUUUGUGCUACGAAGCAACAUCCUCACUCUUCAGAGCUGUUUCUUUCCAAAACUGGAGAUGGUUGCUGAUGAGGAGUAUGGUGUGCAAGCUAAAUGAGGGCUGCGAGGAGACGCUGGUGCUCAUCGAGACAGGGACCAAAAGGGGAGUUGUGGGUUUUAAAGGCUGCAGCCCAACCCCAUCUUACCCCCAGCAAGUCUCCUACCUCGUUUCACCGCCUGGAUUGUCCAUUGCCUCCUAUAGCCGUGUCUGCCGGAAAUAUCUCUGCAAUAAUCUCACCAACUUGAAUCCUUUCAUGAAACUCAAGAGAACUCCUGCAUCUACGAUAUUUUCUUCCCUUAGUUGCCCAAUCUGUGUGGGCGAGCAUUCUAAGGAUUGCCUCCCACAUUUUGUCACCACAAGUUCUUGCCCCCAGAGUGCCCCUGCGUGUUACAGUUCCACCUUAAGGUUUCAGGCAGGGUUUCUCAAUACCACCUUCCUCCUCAUGGGCUGUACUCGUGGACAUCACAAGCUUUUCACAGAUUUUCAUUAUAUCGGGACCAUGAGAGUGACUGAGGUCCUCAACGUUUUAGAGAAGGCCCAGAUUGCUGGUGCAGAGCCCUCCAGUUGGGAUCCUGCUUGGGGCAUCCUCUCAGGCCUCCUGCUUGCCUUUAGGGACUGA